AUGAAGCUCAGUAUUUUCACUUUAAAUAUAUGGGGUUUGAAACUUACAGCCAAAGAUCGUAAUGCUCGAGUACGGGCAUUAGCUGACAGUUUAACAAACAAUGGAUAUGAUGUUGUGUGCUUACAGGAACUAUGGUGUGAGGAUGAUUACAAACAUAUAAAAGCAUCUUGUGACAAUGUAUUUAAAUACAUACAUUAUUUCCACAGUGGCAUGUUAGGAUCAGGAAUGUGCAUCAUGUCACGUUAUCCAAUAAUUGAUCACCUUUACCAUUCAUUUAUUUUGAAUGGUUAUUUACAUAUGUUUUGGCACGGAGAUUGGUUUGGUGGAAAAGGCAUUGGCAUGUGCCGUAUCAAUGUCAAAGGCUUUAUUGUAGAUGUAUACACUACACAUUUACAUGCUUGUUAUAAUGCAUCAAAUGAUAAAUACACACAUCACAGAAUAAUACAAGCUUUUGAAACUGCAAAUUUCAUUCGUGUUACAUCGUCUGGUUCUGAUUUAGCAGUUUUAGCUGGUGAUCUUAAUUCUAAUCCAAAUGACAUUUGUUAUAAGUUAAUAUGUUUGGGUGCAAACAUGAUCGACUCUUAUUCAGCGUGUUUAAACAAUAGUAUUGAGUAUACUUACAGUCAUCCUGAAAAUUCAUACAAAGAUGCUAAUGAAAUAAAUGACCGUAUUGAUUAUAUACUGUACAAAUUUAAUGAAAAGAAUUUAGUUGUUGUACAGGAACAUAGACAUUCAUUGCCACAUCGCGUUCCUGGACAAGAUUUUAGUUACUCAGAUCAUGAACCAAUUGAAGCGGUGUUUGAAAUAUCAAAAAAUACAUUAAAUAUUGAAAAAAAUAUUACAAAGAAUUCUGGUUUAAUAUUUGAAAAUGAAUUUCUAAGCAUUUUAAAUAUAUCUCUGAACAUUUGCAAUGAAAAAUCUGUAAUAAACCCAUUAAUAUCAUGGCAUUUUAUAAUAUGUGUAUUAAUUUGUAUACUAUUAAGUAUGUAUUUGCAACUUGUCUCAUAUACUAAUACCAUUGUUGUUAUUACUUUACUUAUUUUCUUUAUCAUGUAUAUUUAUAACUUAGUUAUAAAAUGGACAGAAAAAAAUUGUGUUCGUGGAUUUUGUAAUCAUAUUGAAACAUUAUUUUCUAAUCAAUAA